AUGAUGAGCUCCGAGCUGCAACCCAAGUCCCGCCCUCCGUCGCUGCCGUCGCCCUCGUCGCCGCUCGCCAAGGAGCGCACCUGGUCCGAGUCGCAUGUGCUCGCAGCCGACGACGGCCAUCUGCGCCCGGUCGUCGGCGAAGACCACGUCUCCGACGCCCGCUUGCUCUACCGUAAGUGGCGCACGGGCUCGGGCUCGGCAACGCUGCUCGACUCGGACCUGAACUUCACGCCGCCGCGCAAGAGCCUGACGCCGCCCGUAGACGCGCCGAUGGCGAGCCUCGCCCUUGACAGCGCGCCGUCGCCGCUGUCGGUCGACAAGUUUGAGAUGCUGCCAUCAAUCCCGGAAAAGCACGCCGACCUCGAGGCGCGCUCGCAGAUGCUCUCCAACAUGUUCAUUGCUGAGGACGAGCUCGCCGCGCACCGCCCACGCGGGUCGUCGUCCGGCUCCUCUGCGUCGUCCAUCUUGAGCGGGUCGUUCGGGAAGUCGUCGCACAACGAGUCGUCCAACAUGAAGAAGUCCAAGUCAAUCCAAGCCCUCUCGGACCUUGAGAAGCACAACGCGAGCUUCUUCCCUGCUGCGCCCAAGCCGUCCGCGUCCGGCGUCCAGCGCGGGCUCAAAGACUCGGUCAUGCACGACAUGUGCUGCGCCGUGGCCAAGCAAAUGGUCGGCGACGCGUACGUCCCGUCGUCGAACGGGUCCAAACUCGUUCUGAACCACCUGUAUGUACCUGUGCUGGAGAAUGUCCAGAAUCACUUUAAGCGGCUUCCAGCGCGCUACGCCCUCUCGGUGGACCCGGACGACGUCCCGAUGCACAUCCGCCUCCUCGCAAAUCAGCACCGAAAUCCAGACGACAUUAAUCUGCACGCCCAUUACCUCAAAGACGAUGACGGCAGUGUCAACACGUCGACGUGCGAGGUCGUGCUCGUGGCCAAGGACCGUGACAGCCUCCUCGAUGCCAUCACACGCGGCCUCUCGAGUCUCAAGGGCAGCAUCAUGGACGCCGAUGUCAUGACGACACGCGACGGUGUCACGCUCGAUCGCUUUAUCGUCCGCGGGUCCUUUGUGCCGGACGACCGCCUCGCCGAGCUCAAGCGCCGCAUCGUGGAAAACCUCGAGCGCAGUGCGCAGGCCGCGGAAAACUCGGAGCGCGAGCGGCAACGACGGCUUGCGCAGCAGGCCGUGCCGCCCCCGGCCCCGGCCCCGACGUCGUCGACGAGCAUCACCCUCGACAGCGACAUCAAGCCCGAGUGGCAACUCUCCUUCUCAGAGCUGCACCUCGGCGACGCGAUUGGGACUGGCCGGUCGGGCCAGACGUUCAGCGGCAUUUGGCGCGGCACGUUCAUCGCCGCCAAGGUCAUCAACGUGUCGCACCACAACCAGAGUCUGAGCGACGAAAUCCUGAGCGAAUUCUACCGCGAAGUCGCGGUCGUGAGCCGACUGCGGCACCCCAACAUCGUGCUCUUCCUCGGCGUCGCCAUCAACCCGCCCAAGUACUGCCUCGUCUUUGAGUUUAUGCAAAGCGGCGCGCUCACCGACCUCAUUCGCCAGCGCAAGCCGACGCCGAUCGACUUUUUCCGCAUCGCUCGGGAGAUCGCCAUGGGCAUGAACUACCUCCAUCUGUGCUCCAUCAUGCACCGCGACCUCAAGUCGGGCAACGUGCUCCUGGACGCCUACGGCACGGUCAAGAUCUCGGACUUUGGGUUGAGCUGCGUGCUCGAGAUCGGCCACUCGUCCGACUUGACGGCCGAGACGGGCACGUACCGCUGGAUGGCGCCCGAGGUCAUUGGCCACGAACCGUACUCGAUGAAGGCCGACGUGUACAGCUACGGCGUGAUUCUCUGGGAGAUGAUCGCCAAGGAGCAGCCGUUCAAGGGCAUGUCGCCGAUCCAAGCGGCGUUCGCGGUGGCGCGGCAGCAAAUGCGGCCGCCGUUUCCGAAGGACACCCCCGAGAGUCUCAUGCAGCUCGUCGAGACGUGCUGGCACCAGGACCCGGCGCAGCGCCCGACGUUUGCGCAGAUCCUCGACGUGCUUCCGGCCGUCCGCGCGCAGCUGACACGGCGCGACUACCACGGCCUCAAUUUCGUAGCCCCGACGCCGCCGACGCUCACGCGGUAG